CGCUAUGCGAUCGACAAAUUGCUGCUUGUUCACUUCAACCUUGAUCUUCCGAUCUCCGUCGGCGGUAGCUGUCUCCUACUCUCCUCGGCGUCGCCACGUAUCGUUCGUGCACAGCCUAGUGCCCACCGUCGACCCCCAGCGCUCAACGGAGAUGCACGAUGCCAAGAAGAGGGUUGGGCGGGCAGGGACGGGGGACUAGGACGGGGGACGUAGGGCCAGAACAAAGGCACGCCCGUCAGACCCGCACGGCCGGGGUGACAUUUUUGCGCACCCUGCCUCCUCCGGCCCUCUCAACUCUGCCGUCGGCAGCGACCCCGCACAGCGCACAGCGACGAGAGCUUAUCACUCACCCCGCCCAUCUGGAUCUUCUGCUUCUCCCUCUCCUCUCUCCUCCCAUCUCACCAUGUCGUCCGCGAGUCUCACCACCAACAUGACGGACCCCAGCUUGGCGAGCAGCGCCGGACCACGCUGGAAGAACAUCAUCGUGAUCGGAGCGUCCGUCGCCGGCCACUCGGUGGUCAACGGUCUCGCCCAGAAUCUGCCUGGCGGAUACCGCAUCCUGCUCGUCGAGCGGAACGAGUUCGUGCACCACAACCCCUGCGUCGUGCGCUCCCUUGUCCGCCCCGGCUGGGACAUGACCAACUUUACCGCGCCCGUGCGGCAGGACACCAUUUUCCCCGCCGGGAGCCGACACCGCGUGCUGGCGCCGAACCGCGUCGUCAAGCUGCGGCGGACGAGCGUGUGGCUCGAGCAGCCGUUCGAGGGCGUCGACGAGAUCGAGUUUGAGAUGUGUAUUCUUGCGACGGGCGCACAGAGCCCCGCGCCGAUCCGGCCGCUGCCGGGCUGCUCGCUGGAAGAGUGGCGCGCGGCGCUGCGGCGCGUGCAGGACGACAUUGCGGCGGCGCAGAGCAUCCUCAUCGUCGGCGGCGGGAGCGUCGGCAUCGAAGUGGCUGGCGAGAUCAACGACGUGUACCCCAACAAGCGCGUGACAAUCGUGCACUGGGACGUGGGGCUGCUGCACCCAUCUGACAGCGGCGGCAACACGGCACACACAUACGUCCCGCCGCGCACGCCAAACAAGUUGCGGAAGGACCUCGAGGGGCAGUUGCGCGCCCGUGGCAUCCGCCUGCAGCUCAAGGACGGCGUCGACUUCGAGGCGGCCAAAGGCAGCGGCGAGUGGGGCGGCAUGCCUGGCCCUCUUGGGGGUAUGCGCACGAUCCCCCUCACGUCCGGCGGCAAGGUUGAGGCCGACUACGUCUUCAACAGCACCGGCAACCGGCCAAACGCGGACCUCGUGCGCUGGGCCGAUCAGGGCUCGCUCACGACCAACGGAUACGUCUCGGUCGACAGCUACUUCCGCGUGCGGACGCGCACCCCCAACUCGCCACUCGUCGGGCACUACUAUGCCAUCGGCGACGUGUGCAACUCGCCGAGCUGGAAGACGGCCGAGGCCGCCAUAGCCGAGGGCGAGGCCCUCGCGCGCAUCAUCACCUCUCGCCUGCGCGGGAUGAGCGCACAGCCCUACUCGCCCCCCGGGCGCUUGCUCGAGUCGACCGUGCUCCUGGGAAGCGCAGGCGGCGCCUCCAUCCGCCGUUUCCCCAUCAUCGGGUACAUCCGCUCCGAGGGGAGCGUGCGUGAGAAGAGCCACGAUUUCCACGCCGGCAAGAACUUCUUCUCCCGCUUCCGUGGGCAGCGCAGAUUCGUGUCUACCAGCUCGUGGAGUCUGGCGACUUAGUAUUCCCGACUCACAACACCCAAACCUAGCCAACCUAACCCGUCAACGGGCCGGCCAUCGCCCGCCCUAGCACAACCCUGUAGAUUCUUAGUCGUCUCGUCUUUUGGUUCAUCGGUAGAUAAUGCCUCGUUGUUGCAUCCUUUCUCCUUGUG